UCUCUCCGAUUCUGCCACAUUGCUGUUCAGGGAUACACGGACAGCCUUGUGACAUCGCUCUUCCCUGAGGGGAGCUGCCCUUUCCGGUCAACAGACACCGGCAGCCUGGUCAAAACAAGAAUCUUUUCGUUGCGAAACGAGUUCCCGUAUUUUUUGGAACGAAGAUCUGAACGAUGUCUUUCGCGAACCUGUCAUGACGGCGUCUGUCCUGAUGUGCAGUCUACAACAGGGAGGGCUGGCAAACAGCAGCAGGCGAAGAGGGAGAGGCGUGAUUUUGUUUGCCAAUAGGACAGGAUAACCGUUGUUUGUUUGAUUUCUCAAACGCGCCAUUGCACUUCCGUAACUCCGUUUUCUUUAUAGGCAGUGCGAUAAAAAUCAAGAUCAAGACGGGAUGCUUCUCCGAAGGGUCAGCUUUGGUGCACUUUUGUAUCAGUGACAGGCCUGCAUUUGUAGGAAGGAACAUUUUGGCUCUCCACCUGUCGGCUCCACACAAAACAAUCCGAGAAGAACAAAUCACGUUCGAAGCCUAAUUGCAAGAUUUUCAGCUGCAAGCUACCAAUAAAACAUGUCAAAAACGCAAACUGAUUAGUUAACCCAUGGGUGGCUGACAUUGAAUUAAUUUCAGUCACUGUCAGGAUUGCUGCCUAUAAGAUACCUUAAAGUUCAAGUUGGGUGACCUUUCAUUAACGUUUGAUUGACAUCAUUAUUAUCAUCAUCAUCAUCAUCAGCAGACAUGUUGGACUCCAAGCUUAAGGACUCAUGCCGGAUUUGUGCACGGGAGCUGUGUGGUAACCAUCGGCGAUGGAUCUUUCAUCCAGCGGCCAAAAUCAAUCUGCAGACGCUGCUGUCACAUGCCCUGGGUCGUGAAGUGACGCGGGAUGGCCGUGGCGAGUUCGCUUGUGGAAAGUGUGCGUUUGUGCUGGAGCGCAUGUACCGCUUUGACACAGUGAUUGCCCGUGUGGAGGCACUGUCCAUUGAGCGGAUGCAGAAACUUCUGCUGGAGAAAGAACGUCUGCGACAGGGUGUUGGCGCUUUGUACUGGAAAAACAACACCAUGGCAGUGGAUCCUAGUGCUGACUGUGGGGUUAAAACUGAGGCCUUAGGAGAUGGAGGAGGCGCAAUGGACAUCUCCACCCUGAGCGAGAUGAGCUACAGCGCCCUCAUUCACGAGGAUCUCACCUAUUCGGUGUUUGAGUCUUGGGCCGAACAGGAAAGCACGUUGGACUACAACUCCCAGCAGUCUUUGCACACACACCAUCACCCUCACUCCAGGAAGUGUCGUGGCUGUACGACGCUCCGUGUGGCGGACUCCGACUACGAGGCGGUGUGCAAGUUGCCCCGCAGGUUGCGCAGCACCUCCUGUGGCCCUCCUACCCGAUGCUCUGGGAGCGCGGAUGAGGCAGGGGUCACCCCGGUUGCCCAGCCCGAACCCUCUCCUCCGCCGCUGAAAGAGGAGGAAGAGAAGGAUGGGGGAGCGGAGAGGAUGAGCCCCGCCUCGUCUGUCGAGUCCCUUGACACACUCCCUCAAGACGGAGGGCCGGCUGCUGACCAGUCCACUCGACCUCCAGAGGAGCAGGUGGUCAGAGCGGAGAGGUCCAGCUCCCCACAUGAGCUGACCGCCUGCCCGCCUCACGUGAGCAUGUCUGAACCAGACGCAGGUGGUGCGUGCCCGUCUGGACUCGAGUCUGGUGGCAUGUAUGCCACUGGACUGGACCUGGCUCUGGCUCUGGCACGGAGUUUCCAGUACCGGCCUGUGCAGAGCCAAAGAGGCAGCCGUCUACCUGUCCGGGUGAAGCCCACUCAUGAAGGUCCCCACCAUGGGUCACUCUGCGUUGGGGCAACAGACUGUCCACUCUCCCCCUUUCUGCUUCCAGAGGGGAGGAGCUCCAGCAGCAGACAGGGGGAGCUGCAGCAUGAACUAGCUGAAAUGGAGGAGCUUUGGUUGGAUGAGUUCUCGUCCUGCUGGCCUUUGCACCUCCAGGAGAAGCUGAUUGAGGAGCAGCAGACGCAGCUGGGUGACUAUGAGCGUGCAGCUGGGCAGUGUGUGUGCGAGCUGCAAAAGGCCCAGGCACAGGUGCGCUCCUUGCAGGCCAACAUCAGGGAGAGCGAGGCCAACAACCAGAAACUGCAGAGGAGGCUUGCGGAGAUGGAGAUCGAGCUGCGUGCAGUGAGGGAGGUGGCACAGGGGCAGGAGAGCACCAUCGGCACCCUGACCGACUCCCUGUCCACCACACAGGCUCAGGUGUCGGAUCUGCAGAGAGUUAACAAGGAGCAGAAGGAGAUGCUGCUGGCACUGAAAUCUCAGUGUCACAAGCAGCAGCGCACAAAGGGUGAUGCGCUGGCGGUGGAGGCCUCUCUGUUCUCCACUCAGCUGGAGCUGCAGGAGAGCCAGCGGGCACGAAACCACGGCCUCAGACAGGAGGAGGACCUCACCCGCGCCAACCAGCGUCUCCAUGACGACUUGCAGAGGGCACUCAAACACCGACAGGACUCUGAGACACACAACCUUGAUCUGCUGAGUGCCCUUCAGAAGGCUCGCGGUGAGAUCCAGCAGCUGGAGGAGGAGAGGAGGGAGAAGGAGGGAGAGAGAGAGCGAGAGGUGGAGGAGAGAGAGAAGACCAUCAGGCAGCUAAGGAACUCACUGCAGCACAAGGACAAGCUGCUGGAAGACUACGGUGAUCUUUUGGACAGUGCUGGACAGAGAGGCUCUGGCGAAAGGACCCGUGAGUGUGUGAUCACCAAACUCAAGCAGCGCAUCCAGGAGAGAGACCGAGCCCUGGAGCGUGCAGUGGAUGAGAAGUUUGUGUGUGUGGAGCAGAGGGAGCUGGAGGUGCGCAAGCUGCAGUUGCAGCUCAGGGAGAAGGAGAGGGACCUGGACAAGCUGCACUGCGUGUGUGCCAACAACGAGGAGACCAUAACGAGUCUGGAGGCCCUGCUGCGUGGGAAAGGCCUUGAGCUGGAGCAGGUGUGUGAGGCAUUGCGGAGUGCUCAGUGUGUCCAGCGGGACUCUGAGGAGCGGCACACACUCGGCCUGCGCGAGAGAGACACAUUCAUCAGUCAGCUGCAGACUUCACUGCAGACCCACGCCAAGGAGAACGAGACCCUGACCAACAGUUUGCUCAGUAAGCUGUCUGUGAGCCCGGCGGCUGUGGUAGAGGAGCUGAAGACCCGCUUGUCUCUGAAGGAGAAGCUGAUCCAGGAUCUGCUGCGCGACCGCAGCCAUCAGACACAGGAGCACCAGACCCAGGUCCAGGACCUGCUCAACACCAUCAGCAGCAGGGACGAGUACAUCCAGGAUGCAGCUGGGCGUGUGGGUGAGGUGAUGAGUGAGCAGACGGCUUGUGUGCAGGAGCUGCGCAGGCAGCUGGUGUGUGUGCAGACGCAGGAGAGCGUUGCAGACAUACAGGCUCUUCAGGAGGAACUUUGCUUGGCUCUGCGCCGGGAGAGGGAGGCUCAGCAGGAGCUGUCUGCCCUCAGAGCGAGUCUUGCAGGGCAGGAACAACUCCAGGCCCAGGCUUCACUGCUGGAGGCCCAAUCACAGCCUGACAAGGACCCUGACUACCAAGAGGCUGCCAUGGAAAUGGAGCAGACCAGCCAAUCCCAGGCUGAGUUUGCAGAACUCUUCUCAGAGCUCGAUGAUGAUGAUGACGAGGAUGAGGAUGAUGAAGAAUUCGGCAGUGAGUUUGCUUAUAGCCUCGACGAUGAGGAGAACUCCAAUCUAACUGCACAGAGUCUGGCAGCCAUGUCGGGCAGUGGAGGACUGCAGCUGUCCCAGGAUGCCGCAGUGGAGGAGGUGAAGCAGCUGGUGGAGCAGAAGCGGGCGGUGGAGAGAGAGCUGACGGAGCUGCGCAGUCAGCUGGAGAAGAGCGGAUACUCCUCUCUCUCUCAUAUGAGGAGGGCACUGGCUGGCUUGCAAGCAGAGAACCAGCAGCUCCGCGCUCUGUUGCCUGGCGAUGCGUCAGGUCAGACGCCAGACGAUGGGGACAAGACCCCGGAGGAGCCAGUGGGCCCCCUCAAACGCUGUGCCACCACAGGCACCCAGCUGCGCUCCGCUGAGGGCAAAAGAUCCUGCCCACGCCCCCAGUCUCUUGACCUUGGGGCCCUGCUGUCGCAUUCCAUGCAGACUGGGAAAUGGGGCAUGUGUGUGGCUGAGAGCCCAGUGGAGGAGGCUCUGCGGAGUGACCUGCAGCAGGUGCAGCAGCAGAGUCAGGACCUGCAUGAGAGGCUCAUGGUGUCCGAGGCCACAGUGCAGGCCCAGGCCGAGCAGCUCAAGGACUACAGGGAGCUACUCACUGAGAGUGCGGUGGUGCAGCAGGACAGCAAGCAGGUGCAGGUGGAUCUGCAGGAUCUGGGUUACGAGACCUGCGGUCGCAGUGAGAAUGAGGCCGAGAGAGACGACACCAGCAGCCCAGAGUUUGAUGAUCUGGAGAUGUGCACAUCUCUCUCCCGCCUCGAUGACAGCACCGCUGCCUCCAUCUGGUGGUCUGGCGGUGCCUCCGUCUCUGCCUCCACCUCCAUCUGUGGCGCCGCCGCCGUGGAUUCUGGGAAAGGCGGCGAGGGCGACGUGGUGCGUCUGCAGCGGCUGGUGGAGGACCUGCGCGGGCAGCUGGAGCGCGCUCAGUCGGUGAUCCGCGGGCUGCAGGCGCGUCUGCGCGACCUCACGCCAGCCGGGACCCCGCGCAAGGUCAGCUGGUCGGCGCACGCCCUGGGCGGCACGGACGAGGACGAGGGCUGGCAGUCGUCGUCGGACGCCGGCGGCCCUUCGACCGUCGGCCAGCUGGGCCAUGAGCGAGAGCUGCGUGACCUGGUGUGCCGCGUGACCUCGCUGGAGGAACAACUGAGGGAGAAGGGCAAAGGUCACGUCAUGGACACGGGCAAAGCCGUCAGCUCACCAGGGCGUUUUGACUCGCUGAUCCAGGCGCAGGCCCGUGAGCUGUGCGUGCUGCGGCAGCGGACACGCGAGGGUGGCAGCCUGUGCCAGCUGCUGGGGCAGCACCUGAGCGAGACCACCAAGGCCUUCGAGGAGCUGCUGCGCGCCAACGACGUGGACUACUACAUGGGCCAGACCUUCAGGGAGCAGCUCUCCCAGAGCAGCAGCCUGGCCAUGCGCCUCAGCUCCACCAUCAGCGGACGAGACCACACUGACCUGCCCGAUGACAACGACAAGACCGAGCUGCUGGCUAUCCGGCUGAGCAAGGAGCUUCAGCAGAAGGACAAACUCAUCGAGUCCCUGCGCUCUAAGCUGGAACAGUCCCAUCCGGAUACGCCGGUCAGCAGUCACGCCCUCUCGGAGGUCACCGACCAAUCGGACAGGAUCUCCUUCGUGUCAGAUGAACCGGGCUCCAUCAAUGAGGAUCUGGAGUUGGGUUCGGAUGUGGACACACCCAGUGAGUUUGGUCACGAGGAAAGAUCUACCACAGGCUCCCUCAGCCACAGAGGUGUUCCCCAGCAUCCCUCCAUCCCUUCCUCCAUCUCCUCAUCACACCAGUCCUCCAGGAGCUGUCCCAGCAUGCAUUGUACUCCCCAGAGGCCCAUGGACACUCGUUCCCAAACAGGCCUUUUAGCUGGACUCGUGCCUGAGUCCCCCUCUCUCGCUGGCCCUUUCCUCCCCUCCUCCCCCUCCGCACAGCCCCCCCCCCUGCGGGCCCGUUACCAGGACAGCAGGGGCUUCUCCCUGGCCUCUGUGCAGCAGGAGCUCCACAUGCUCCAGAGGCAGCUGGCCAGCAAUGAGCGCGCUGGUCUCAUGGGCUCUGCCAUUAAGCCCCAUCCAGGCUUCCCAUUGGCCACUCCGCCCCAACCCGACCCCAACCGGUUCUUCCCGCAGUCCCAUCAUGCUUUUCAUCAGUCGCCCCUGGCUGGGGUAAAUGCCAGCCCGGGGGCUGGGCUGCUGGAGAGCAGUGCAUUGUGGGAUAUGGCCUAUGGGGCGCGACCAGGAAGGACAGUUGCUCAUGGGGAUUUGUCUUCUGGAUCAUCAGGGUACCAGUCAGGUACCAGCCAUGCAGGCACAGACCUGAUGGAGGAACACCUGAGGGAGAUCCGUUGCCUACGGCGACGCCUGGAAGACUCCAUUCAGACUAACGACCGACUACGACAGCAGCUGGAGGAGAGACUUGCCUCAAUGGGGAGAGAAGGAGGAGUGGCCCCCACCAACAUCUACAUUCAGGGGCUGGAUUCUGUCAGUCAGCUGUCUAAUCAGAUUAGAACUCUGAAGGAGGAGAACCAUGCCUCUGUAGUCAGCGCUUCUGACCAGGAGGGCAACAGGGAGGCGGAGCUGCUCCGUGAGUCGAUGGCUAAUGGGCGUGGUCGCCUGAAGGAGGCGGAGAUUGAGAUGGAGAGGUGGGCGGAGCAGUGCAAGCGUCUGCAGGCGCAGGCCAGAGAGCAUGCGCAAACAAUCCAGCAACUGAAGCAGGAUCGACAGGACCACCAGGAGGACGCCAGCAGGCUGCAGCACGAGGUGAACGUGCUCCAACAGCAGCUGCGUGAGAGCAGGCUGCUGGUUGUGUCUCUACAAAAUCAGAUCCAGACCUACCAGAGAGCAAGUGCCACCUCCCAACACACACACUUGGCAGCCCAGGGGGAGGGCUCCUGCAGUAGGCCCUUUGACCUGCAUGACCUGCAGUCGGACAUGCGCAGCCUGCAUGCACAGCUGCAGCAGCAGCUACAGGCCUCGCCGCCCGCCAGGAAGCAGCUCUUCCAUGACUCCUCUUCCUCUCCGCCUGUGAGGGACACUGGGCCUCUUAGUCCAGCGUCUCCUCCGGCAGAACCUCGCGCUGGAGCCAGUGAGAAACAUGCCACCCCUCUGGAGGCCGGCGCCGCGGGCAGUGGCCUCCCUCCCCCAGAAGGGGAGCACGUGGUCGGGCACGCCGAUGACUACACCGCCCUGCUGCAGCAGCUCCUGGAAGGCAAGGUCCUCAUCAGCAAGAUGGAGGCCAUGCUUCAGCCCUCUGGCCAGCACAAACUGCAGCAGGGAUCUGUGAGGAGUCUGUUGACAGGCACUAGGACCCUGAAAAGGAUUUUGGAGGAGGCAGGUUCUCUGCUCAAAGGGUUUUGGAAAGCAACACUUCCCAGUGAAAUGUCCGGCCAACAGAACACAAAGGAUGAGGAGAUCGCUGAUCUAAGGAAGAAGCUUCAGGAGCAGCAGCAGGCUCUGAAGGAGGCCUUGGAGAAGCUGAGGAGCUCCAACCAGACCAGAGAGAGCAUGGAGAACUUCAUCACUAGCCAAUUAUCAAGAACACGAGAUGUGCUGAAGAAAGCCCGCUCCAACUUGGAGAAGAAUGAGCUCAAGCUUUCCUCCUUAAGCUCCUUCUCCCCCUCCUCCUCUGCCCCUCCCUUCUAUCCUUCUUUUUCCACACCUCCCCGGCCUUCCAAAGGUGAAGUCCCAGACCGCCUCCGUGAGUGGCCCGGCACUCCUGGUUGGGGUUUCGUGACCCCUCAGAUCCAAGAGAGACCUCAGGGGACAUCCUUCCCCUACUUGAGACCGCGUCCCCUGGAGGCCUAUUCCUACUAGCCCGAGCCAGAAGUCCCGUUUCCUCCCAGAAAGCAUCACUUCCUGUUCAAACAGGAAGUGGUGUCUGUACUGAGAGCUAAGAGACUGAGAAGUGGGAGGGGGAGUUUGUCUGUUCUGUGAUGACGAAGGAAAAGAAGGUUAUAGGAAUGUUAGCUGCUGCUCUGUGUCGGGUAGCACACAGUACGUUGUUCAUGUACUUUGUUUAGGUAUCGCUGUUAAGGCCUCUCAUCACACAGUACGUUGUUCAUGUAGUUUGUUUAGGUAUCGCUGUUAAGGCCUCUCAUCUCGUAAUUGCUCCCUCUGUUUUCACUCUUAGUCCCCCUAGACUAGAGUACACAUGGUUAGAUAUUGGCUCUUAUAGUAACUGUCUUCCUCAGUUCACAACAUUGGCUGAUCAAAUUCAAUAUGGUGAGCAAAGAUCAGUGGUGCAUAUUGUAUGCAAUUAGCCAAUUUUGCAGUCAGUUUAGUUAAAGAAGUAAGGAAUCUCAUGGAACUACUGGGAGUACACCCAGUACAGCAAGGAUACUCAAAUCAGUCUUCUGCUGGUUUAUGUGUGUUUGUAAGAUUAUGUGUGUGUGUGUGUGUGUGUGUGUGUGUGUGUGUGUGUGUGUGUGUGUGUGCGCACAUAUGGGGAAAACAAGCCAUAACCAGUGUCAUCUUUAUCGUUUACUGCUCCAAAAGAGUUUGGACUACUAAUACAUUAGUUUGGUGUAAUGGUAUUUCUCUCAAUGCCUUCAUCAUAUUAUUUGUUCAGUAAUAGUUGGAGGUCAUAGAUGUGUGCUGUUUAUUUUCUUUAGUUUAGCGUGAGCACCUGUAACUGUAGGUUACUGUCGCUGUAGGUUUUCCACUUUUCGCAUCGUGGUACCUGUGUCAUACUGAGCAUGUGCAAUAAGAACUACUGUACCAACCAGCCUGAACUUUGACCUUUGACACUGUAAACCUAGUGUUGCCCUGACGAUGGGAGACAGACCGACCGUGCAAUAAUCUAGCAGGACUUUCGUAUGCAGACCGACCGAAGGCUAGUGUCAGCAUGGAGAGGGCAAAACGGAUUCAAGGAGUAAAAGACUGUGUGUGUUUCACACAGGCUUUGCUGAUACUGCCAAAGUCUGACCGUCUGUGUGUGUGUGUGUGUGUGUGUUUGUGACCCCAUGAGAUUAUCGUGUUCCUGUUUGUGUAAUAUUGCCCGUCAUAGGAAAUAAUUGAUGUUCAUCCCUUUUAUUUACUUUUUUGAUACACUGUUGAAUAACUGGUCCAAUUUCUUUUUUUUUUCUAUUGAUUUUUAUUUUUAGCACUUCCCUGAAAUGGACCAUGCAUUGCUGAAAAAUGUCUUGACUUUAAGUACCCAAACUAUUUUGAUUUAGGAAAUUAGGACCUUUAUCUAUAACCUUUAUCUGCAGUGUCUUUAAGGAAAAUGGAAUUAGAAUAUAUUGCCAAGUACCUUUUGUAGGUCGGGAUACUGUACGUGUAGAGAAGAGAGUAGAGAACCAAAAUACAGCUCACACAGUGAAAAGAUCUUGAAUACAAAAUGCGGACACACAUAAUAGUGUGUGUGUGUGUGUGUGUGUGUAGUAUGUGUGUGUAGUAUGUGUGUGCAAUGUUGUGUCUCUUUCCAAAGACAAGCUGAAGGGGGCUUUUAACAAGCUGGUGGUGUUUGCUUUAAAUGUUAAGAUAUGCAGUUGUUGGGUGACUGGGUAGCAAUGUGUAGAGUUGACGUCCACGUCUCUGAAGUGCCAAGUGUCUGACCUCUCGUCUUUCGUGUCCGUCUGACGCCUUUGCUCUGGAGGCUCAUUAAAAUGGCCUGUGUUAUUAUAGACACUCUCAUAGAGGAAUGAUGUUAGAAUAGACCAGCGAAAAGCUAAUGCCGACACUGUCCACACACACAAAAACACACAAACUGGCCAUACUCACCAGCUCCUAAAUCGAGCUCUCCUUUAGCUAUGCCCAACAGGUGCCAAACCCCCCACCACCGCAGUGGACCCCAGAUAGCCAACCAGCAGAAGAGCUCUAGGCCUUUUCUUAUCAAUGUCUUUAUGAUGUCUCUCAUAUGUGUUUUACUUGUAAGAAGAAUAAAAAGGAACUAGUAAAGAAAAAAAAAAGACCAAAGCGACAGACAAAUCAAGUGUAGAGUCAGGUUGUGCGCCGCCUCUGAUGGUGAGUGCAUGGAGAGUAGAUCUGUAGAUGCUGGCUGUAGGCCUCUGACUGUGUAGGGGCGUGUUUGAUAGUGUAUAUAUCAGAGGAACCUGAUGGCAUACGAGGUGGAUGUUGUGGGGGGCUGGGUUGACAAGAGGCUUAAAUGGACGCAGUGUACAGUAUGUCUAUGCAUAUGUGCUUCAAAAGGGGCACCGCCGCUUUUAAUAAAAAAGGGAAUGAGAAG